AUGUUGUUGAUUGCAGAUAUUGUAUCACUCACUGAAACUUGGUUUACAAACACUGAGUCGGCUAUUAGAGUAUUGUGCACGCCAAAUGGAUACAAUCUCCUCGACCACCCCCGCUCUAAUGGUGUAGGUGGUGGGACAGGAAUUCUAUUUAAGGAGAAUAUUACUGUCAAAAAUCUAGCUGCUGGCGAACUUCGUUCCUUUCAAUACUCUGAAUGGAGCGUUGUCAAUGGAUCUCGCCGCCUACAUUUAAUAAUUGUGUAUCGACCUCCGUACUCAGACGCUCAUCCGGUGACUACAAGUGUAUUUUUCUCUGAGUUUACCAACUUCUUGGAAUCAAUUACUUUGUCCAACGACCCUCUCCUAAUAACGGGUGAUUUCAACAUCCACGCCGACUGUACGGACAACUUAGAUUCCAUUAAAUUCCUUGAUCUCCUUGAAAGUACCGGACUUAAACAGCAUGUCAGAGGCGCCACUCACUGCUCUGGCCAUACCCUUGAUUUAAUAAUCACCAAGCAGACUGAUAAUAUCAUCACCAGCAUUCCGAGGGUUGACCAUUUGUUUUCUGACCAUAACGCUGUUCUUUGUAACCUUGAAUCUAACGCAGUACCACUAACACAGAAACAUAUUUCUUUUCGUAAACUUAAAUCUGUCAAUAUCGAGGCUUUAAAAGAAGAAAUAUCCUCUUCCGACCUCUGUAAAAACCCACCAUCCAAGCUUAUAGACCUGGUUUCAUGCUAUAAUAAUACCUUGAUGACUGCUCUAAAUCAUCAAGCGCCACUGAUUUCCAAGACUAUUACCACCAGGCCUGCUGUCCCAUGGUACAAUGAUGAGAUUAAAUGUGCAAAGCGUUUGAGAAGGAAAGCAGAAAGAAAAUGGAGACGUACUAAACUUCCGACUGAUUUCCUUGCUUUUAAAACUGCGAAAAAUCAUACAACGUUUCUUAUGAACCAAGCGCGGCAAAAUUUCUAUAGACAGUUUAUCUCAGAGAACAGUCAAGAUCAAAGGAAAGUAUUUCGUGCAACUAAAGGUCUUUUUAGACAUGAUGCUGAUCUUGCCUUUCCCCACUAUAACGACAGCAAUGCUCUCUCUAAUUAUUUAGGACAAUUCUUUGCUCAAAAGAUUAUCAAUAUUCGCUCUGAACUUGAUACAGCAUCAACCUAUGAACAAGCAGUUUUUUCUGACAUGCCGUCGGUCUCACUCACAGUGACCAGAUUUAUCAAGAAUUUUCUCCUAUGA